AUGACUUCAGUGUUUCUGAUUACGAUUGGUAAGUUCAAGUCGAAUGGUUCGCAUUAUCAAACGUGGCGGGUCAAGUCGAAGACGCGGCGGAAAAGAGCCGACAGGUCGACGCUGAUGGACAGCCGUGCUCGCUGUGAAUCACCAGCAUUGCCACUUGGAGGAGGCAAGUUGGUUGUGUUUGUGGUCAACUUGAACGUCGGCGACUAUCAUAGUGUCGUUUUCUGUCGGCGACCACGCAUCGGCUUGCGAGGCCGCAUGAACCGCUUCCCACGCGGGCCAACCCGCAAAUUCUCCCCCACCUCCCAAUCCGUAGACGCUUGCCAGACAAACUUCACCAAGGGGGUGGGAAUGGCAGGACAAAGAACCCAGCAAAGCAAAAAGUCCUAUCCGUACCCAUUAUCCGCAUCAUAA